UCAUUUGUGGUCUCCUCGCCAAAGAGAAUAGUCGGUUAAAUUUUACAUGAAAAUAUGCGUAAUUACUUAAAUAUAUCUGUCCCCUCAACAUCACAUCUGGACAGAUAAAACAGUGAAUGAGUGACUUUCAUGCCAUUUCAAUAAUAUUCCUAAUAGUGAAUAUUUACUUAGGUCGUAAUGGCGCUCGUAUGUGAAAUUAAAAGCAAUACUUCCCAAGAAGAUCUGCCCGAAAAAAUUGAUCCUCUUGAUUUAGAAGAUGGAGAAAUUGAGGACGAUGAAGAAUCUUCUGCAGUUCCCCAAGAAAUACCUCCAUUGGUUGAUGCUCAAAAUACAAGUUCAAACAAACUUCCUGAAAUAGGCCCUCCAGAAAUUGUUAACAAUGAAAAAGAUAAGAAGAAAAGAGAAAGAGCUGAUCGGUCAGAAAAGAGAAGACAAAAAGAUGAGAAGGGCAAAAAACAUAUGACCGAAGCAGAAAAAAGUAUAUUACAUUUAAGGAAAAGAGAAGAAAUGCAGAGAAAGAAAUGGGAAAAACUGAGAAAUAAAGACCCGAUGGAUACACUUGAUGACGAUUUUGCCAAAAAUAUUGAAAAAACAUUAGCUACAAUUUUAAGUAAGAAAGAAAAAGAGGCGGCAGCAGCGUUAGCAGCGGCUACCAGCGGAGAUGACACGGAAAAAGAAAGGGAUCGCGAUAAAAGUGAAGAUAAAAGAGGAAGAAAACGACGAAAAGGUGAAAAAGAUAGUAAGAAAACUAAACAAAGAAAGUUCAAUUCACCAAAAUCUGAAAUAGAUGAAAACGAAAUGAUCAACAUGCGAGGAGGAAGUCCUAAAAUGGACGUCAGGGUAGAACCUAAUCAUUCCGGUCAUUCUGAAGAGAGUUACGAAUCCGAGCAUUCCGAUGAUAUGAAUAGAUUGGAAGAUAAAGAUAGAGAAGUUAAAAGAAAGCGAAGAAAAGGAAAUAAGGAUCGUGGUAGAAUUAAAAGGGAUAAGGAUUGGAAGAAUGACCAACAACCUCUUAAAGAUUCACAAGGCGUUUGCGUUUUCUACUUACAAGGAAAAUGUCAAAAAAAUGAUUGUCCUUACUCCCACGAAGCUGUACCACCUAUGAAGCUUGAACUGUGUAAGUUUUAUCUGAUGGACUGUUGCGCUAAGGGUGACAAAUGUUCAUAUAUGCAUUCUGAAUUUCCUUGUAAAUUUUACCAUACAGGUUUACACUGUACCCAAGGAGACGAUUGCAAAUUCGCCCAUGGCAAGGCAUUGUCUGAAAGUCUGAAGCAAAUUUUGUUUAAACACAUAGAAACAGCUCCGCGCGAGAUACUGGGUGGAUUUCCUAGGAUCAGUCGCGAUGAGGCAUUGAACAUGAUCAAUGAGACUCAAGACAAACUACAAGAACAAAAUGGAACUGUCAACAAACCGGUAGUAAAAGGUGGGAUACCAUCAUUGUUUGAUAUUAACGUACCCGUGCCCCCUGAAUUGUUGCAAGGAUGUGAUGAUAAAAAUAAGUUAGAUAAGAGUAGAAAUCGACCUUCAAGGUGGCAGGAACCAGAAGUCCCCUUAAUGGCUAAAGAUUUCCCUCUGAAACCAUUCAAUUUUGGUCAAGAUCAGGAUAUGAGGAUCAAUAGUAAUGGUGAUAUUGAUAUGCGAACUUUACCUCCCCCGUUAUCAAACCUAUCAACAACAAAGCCUCCUAUAUCUAGCAAAGUGCCAGAUACUCAAGACUUGGAUUUAGAAAGAUACAAAAGAGAAGCCGGAAUUUUACAAAAACCAAUAGAAGAUGAGGAUAUUCGUCCAACCAGCAUUUUGUCCUUCCCCUUGACAACAAAAGACAUCGACAUCAGGCAACCCACAUUACUCUCAACCAAAGACAUAGAUAUAAGACAAAUUCCUCCACUAUUCAAUACCUCAAUGCCUUCCGAUAAUCUAGAUAACGAUCUUGAGGAUGAACCGAUGCUCCAUAUAGAUACUGGUGAGGAAAAAAAAGAAGAAUCCUCCAUUCCAGCAGAUUUACCAAAAACACAAAGAGAUCUGUUUAUGAGGAUACAAGCUAAUCAAAAAGACAAUGUUUUACCGUCUGAUAGUAAACAAGAAUUCAAAUUAGAUGACAAUAUUAAUUGGUAUUCUGAUGAUGAUGAUGAAGAUGAUAACAGACUGACAAUUAAAGUUGACAAUGAAGACAUUAAAGAUAACAAAGAAGAGGAUUCGGAAACUGUAGAACCAAAUGAUUUUCAUAUAAGCCCAACUGCAAUAAAACCUCAAGAUGUUGUGGACAAAUUAGGGGAUCUCUCAAAAAUUGAUAUUUCUGCAGAAGUAACUAAAUUGUUAACAUCUAUGAGCAAAGGCCGUAAUCAGUUCUCAUCUACUUCAAAGACGCAAAUUAGUGAAGAAACUCCUGAUACCACACCUCCAAGAACAGUGACAGAUCCACGAGAUCCUCGAAUACCUAGACAGGAUCCCAGAUUAGCACUUGAUAAAGGCGAUUCUCCAAAAGCAGAUCGUAGAGUUCCACUUGAUCCUAGGCAAAGACAAAGGCAGAGUUCAACAGAAUCAAAAGAUAAAGUUACUAUUUAUGAACAAGGCAGUGUCGAUAUAAAUAUUUCUCCUUCCGAUGAAGAUAUUGAUUUAAGAGGUUUGAGAUCUGAUGUCGACCUCCGUACUCUUCAGUUACCCUUCAAAGGUAUGCAAAAUUAUACCCCUGCCUCAGAAAUUGAUGCCAGUAUAAAUUCUCAUCCUCCUAUAACGUGGAAAUUGAUUAUCGCAGAAAUACCUAGACCAGACUAUACUGGUUUAAAGCUUAGUGUAAGUGAUGCAGAAAAAACUGGAGAUCCUAGAUUGCGAAAGAUUUUCCGUCUCAGUACAGAGGAAAGAGAUACGCCAAUGAGUCCAAAAGCCAGCCCUAAAGCAAGUUCUACGGUAAGAGUGGAUCCUAGAUUAAGAAAAAAUGAAGAACCAAAAUCAGAUCAAGCUGCAACAAGUAUGAACUAUAACCAACAAAUAACCAUGCUUAGAAGCUCUGCUUUUUAUGAAAGUUUAACAAGUCAGCAAAAGCUAUUGUUAAACCACGAAUUGAGUCUUCGUAAUGAUUCUACAAAUAUGCACGAUCCCGUAUUGAAUAAUCUUCUCUCUAACUUGGAUAUUAUCCCGGGUACUAAUGUACAAACUAAUCCAAGCUUAACUGCGGCAUUGUCGAUACUCACAAAUGCUACUGCUAAAAUAAAUCCCAUGAUUGGACACAAUCCCCCAAUAGUGCCACCAAUGGGACCAAAUAUGAAUCAACCGGGAUUAUUAGGAGCUGCUCCUGGUGUUCCAAACCUCCCUCCUGAUUUUCCAAUUAAUUUUGAUCCUAGAAACGGAGGAUUAUUGGGAAAUGCACCGUUGCCAUUUGGUAGUUUCCCUCCGCCACAAGAUAACCAAAACUUCUCUUACAACGAUGACUACUAUCCUCCUGAAAACCAAGGAAAUUACCAAGGAGGAAACAGAGAAAUGAGAGGUGGUUUUAACAGAGACAGGCGGCGAGGUAGGAAUAACUUUCACAACAGACAUAAUGGCAACAGAAAUUUCAGGAAUCAUAGAAGUAAUAGGUCAAAUAGGACACAUUCUCCACCUUAAUAUUAUUUAUUUAAUUAGAUUUUUUAUAUUAAUUAACAACUUAUCUGUAAAUAAACUAUUAAGAUAUCGUUUAAUUGGAUUUUGUAGGAAUAAAAUAGUUUCAGAACUGCUUUAAGUUGUCAUACAUUCUUUAUAUUUUGUAAAAUUUCCACAAAAUUAUAUCAUUGGAAAAUUCGUUGACCUAACGCGGACAAUAUUCAAAAUUUAAUAAAUAAUUACAUUACUAUUUAUUACUUAUCAUUAAUUAUAAAGUUCAUUUGGUACCUAAACAUCCCACAUUAAUCUCUUCUUUGUUCAUUCAUACUUUUUAAUAUCUAACCAAGAUGUAGGUUUUUUUAAUACCUCAUACAAGAACACCAGGGAUUUUUACAAUUAUCAAUAGCCUAUGUUAUAUAUAAUUUUUUAAAAUUGUGUUUUAUAUAGGUUGAUAAAUUAUGUUUAUCAAUUUGAAUUCGAAUUGAAGAUAUUUUGAUUUUAGAAAACUACUUCAUAUUACUUUGCCAUUCAGACAUUCAGGAUAUCAAUAUGUUUCCAAUAUCUUCCAAAAAAGUAAAUUUGUGUAAGUGGGUGAUGAAUUUUAGAAUUCACCUAGCACCAAUAUUUUCUUGCCAAAACUUUUAUGAGCCCAUAAAUAGUGUAAAAUUGAGUAGUUCGUUUAAAGUGUCAUUUAAAUGAAAUAAUAUUCAUAUAUCUUUUGUAGUUUUGAUUGAUUUUUGAUUGGAAUGUAUUCUUACAAAGUGGUUCAACAGUACGCUUCUGUAAAUAGUUUAAAUCUGACGAUUUUCUUGGUUAAAAUUAUUACAACUGUUCCAAUUUUUGUUUUUAUAAAGAAUUACUUAUUUACUCGAUUUUCAGACUAUUCGGGGCAUUUAUUCGUGAAUCAGAUAUCCUUGUACUUUCAUAUCAUUUGGUUCAGAGAAAAGUAACUCUAGGUCUUUGGUUUUACUCUUUACUCUUUGAACAUCUAGUAACUCUUUCAAAGUGUUGUAAUGAAGUUAAUAUUGAAAUUGUUUUGAAUAGCCUCCAAAAAGAGAAUGUGCGAUUGUAAUACUUAAUUCAAGUUUUUUAUUCAUCCAAUAUUUUUGCUAUUUCCUAAUUGUAUUUUCUCAAAAUAUUACAGAUUAUAUUUGAAAGAAAGAUGCACUAUUUUUUCAAUGCUCUGCACUGCUUUCCACUUACUAUGUACGAAAAUAAAGCUUCUUGUGAAUUUGGAGUGGUUCACAUGAACAGCUAUAUUAUCAAAAUUUGUGUUGAUUUCUAAAAACAUAUUCAAAGGAGACAAAUUCAGCGAGCUGAACUUUUUCUUCAUACUAUUAUCAAUUAAAGGCUAUCUAAAGUAUUUUCUCUUUACAUUUGUUAUUUCGUGUACAUCGGUAUUCAAUUGAUUAGAUAUUUUAUUAUUGAUCUACUUUUCUUGGAGGUUUAGCAAUACUUCUAUAUUUAUUAUGCCUCUAAUCGCAGUAUCCGCUUAAAAAUUAAAAUUCUUUCUUAGUAGCAAUAUUUUUCCUUUAAAACCUUUUGUUUCGCCUUGUUUCUCCUCCAUAUUGUAUUGGAAUAUAACAAGAUAUUGAGCGCUUGAAUUUUUCAGUAACCAUUUGAAAUAUUUCGUUUGUGAAAGAAAUAAACAGUUUUUUCCGAAAAUGAUGCCUCUUUAAGUAAUUAUACUCAAUUUGAGAAGUUGCUUUUUUGAAUUAUUAGUAAAAUAGUUUUACUUAUCUGAUAAUAAAAGGAAAAAACUAUAUGUAUAUGAAUGUAGGAAACAUCUGCUUAUAUUCAAACAAAUAGUUUAUCAACCUAACAAACCUGCGAAAAUGUAUCAAAAUAAACUGUUUCAUUAUAUCUAAUAAUCCUAAAAUGGUGUGUGGAAUUUGAAAACAACAAUUGUUAGCCACCAAAACAAAUGUUGAAAUUAUGAAUUUGCUCUAAGAAAAAGGAAAUUUGAAAAAAAUUUAUUGUAAAUAAUAGUUACUACAAAACUGACUGAUGAAUAUAAUUGUUUAGUUAAAUAUUUCAAAAUUAAUUACAUUUUAUAAAAUUAUGAUUAAUUCUUUGUAGCAAUUUUAAGUUGAAACUGUUUUUUAUUGACUUAUGUUUAAUAAUCUGAUUUACAAUGUAUAAAUAUUAUAGUUUGUAAUGUAAAUUAUGGUUGCUAUACUUUUUGUUAUCGACAAACUUCAUUUAUUUUUUUACAUUAAAACUGCUGUACCUUAUUAAAAACCUAUAUAUUAAUUUGCAUUGUAUAUUCUGUAUAAAUAAAUUUUUUCCAAUAUA